UUCCCAAUUCACCAAUUGCACGGACCCUUGUCGCUCGACAGCUCGUGUGGAGUGCGGACAUAGAGGCGACAGUCGACGACUCGACGGAGACCUACAAGCUACAACGUCGACCUUGCGAGUUGCAGCGGAGACCUACAGCGGCGAGCCGGCGACCUUGCGACUUGCGACGAGGCGGUGAGGCGGCGUGGCUACACUCCCUACGAGGUUAGUGUUGUUUGCUGUCUGCUCUUUGCGUUACUGUGUGUCUGCUGUCUGCUAUUGCUCUUCAAGUGCUGUCUAUUGCUAGAAAAAAAAAUCUAUUGCCUGUGACUUUGUGAUUGUGAGUGUUUGCUGAUGUAUAUUGUUGUGAGUUUGCUGAUGUAUACUACUGCGUGUCUGCUAUCUACUGAUGCAUAUUGCUGUGGCUUAUGACUCUGUGAGUGUCUGCCGAUGUAUGUUGCUAGAAAAAAAAAUUAUCUAUUGAGUGUUGUCUGAUGUUUGCUGGGACCUGUGGCUCUAUGAGUGUCUGCUUAUGUAUAUUGGUAGAAAAAAAAUUAUCUAUUGAAUGUAUAUUGUCUGUUGGGAUUUGCUGCUAAUACUAGAAAUUGUGCUAGAAAUUGGAUGUAUAUUGUUUGCUGGGAUUUGCUGCUAGAAAUUACUUACCUUGUUGUUUAGUAAUUAGUAAAGUCAUUUGGAGAUUUGUUUAGUAAUUAAUGUUAGAUACUUUAUAGGAUGACAAGUAACAAUACAAAUGAAUAUAUUCCUGAACAAGUUAACAUGCAAGUUACAAUUACAACUCCAUCAAUUUCUUCAAGUCAACCAAUUGAAAGUAACAAUUCUGAAGAAGUCAGUAGGGGUGAACUUGAUAAUGAUUCAAUCAUAACAAAAAAGCGGCGAAAAAAUUCAACAGUAUGGAAUGAUUUUGAAGAAAUUGAACUUGAUAAUGGUACAAAGAAAGCAAUGUGCUUGUACUGUAAGGAUAAAUUAUCUACUGGGGAAAGGGGUGCAAGCAUUGGCCAUCUUAAGAGGCACUCAGAGAUUUGCUUGCAGAAAAAAUUGCAUGUCUCUCGAGAAAAUAAGUAAACAACGCUACAAUUUCGCCUGCCUACUGAAUCGGGAGGAAAUCCUUUUAUUAUUCCUGGUGGUAAAUACUCCAAUGAAAAGAUGAGAGGGAUUAUUGCUAGUGCAAUCAUGGUGCAUGAGUGACCAUUUAGCAUCGUAGAGGAUGUCGUGUUCAUGUGGGCUUUUGAAUAUGCAAAUUCAAAUUUCAGAAAAGUCAUUCGUAAAAUAGCAAGAAGCGAUUGUUUGCAAUUGUAUGAAGCUGAAAAGAAUACUUUGAAAAAGAUUUUGAGUAAUGUGAGUAAGGUUAGCAUUACAACAGACAUGUGGAAGUCAAGUCACCAAGUAGUUGAGUACAUGGUUGUAAUGAGUCAUUUUGUUGAUUCAAGUUGGAACCUUCAGAAGAGAGUUUUGAAUUUUGUCAAAGUGCCUCCUCCUCGAUGGGGAACAGAUAUAGCAAAUGCUAUUUUCAAGUGUUUGAGAGGAUGGGGUAUUGAGAAUAAAAUAUUCUCAGUAAUCGUUGACAAUGCAUCUUACAAUGACUCUUGUGUAAGAAGUUUGAAAGAAAAUAUGUCAUUGAGCAGUAAGAUGGUACUUGAUAAACAAUUAUUCCAUGUUAGAUGUUGUGUUCACAUUCUGAAUUUGUUUGUGCAAGAUGGCCUUAGUACUAUUAAAGAUGUCAUUCUCAAUGUUCGUGAAAGUGUCAAGUUCAUAAAUUCUUUGGAUGCAAAGCUAAAAUCAUUUCAUGAAGUUGUUGAAUUAAAAGGAUUGAAAGAGAGGAAACUUUUUCUUGAUUGUCCAAUAAGAUGGAACUCUACAUACUUGAUGUUGUGUACUGCGGCUAAAUUUAAACAUGCCUUUUCAUAUUACAAUGAAAAAGAUCCACAUUAUAAGUAUGCACCAUCAUUUGAGGAUUGGGACAAGAUUAAGAAUGUUUGUCAACUUUUGGAGGUUUUUAACGAUGACACACAUGUCAUAUCAGGUAGUGAUUACCCUACUUCUAACUUGUAUCUUGCUGAAAUUCAAAUGGUGAAAAAGGUUAUUGAUAAUGCAGCUGAGUCUUUUGAUAUGUUCAUGAGUGAGAUGACAAUACCUAUGAAAGCAAAAUUUGAUAAAUAUUGGGGGGAAUGUAAUAUGCUAAUGUCUAUUGCAUGUGUUUUAGAUCCAAGGAUGAAGUUAAAUGGUAUUAAGAUAACUUUUCCCUUGUUGUAUAAAACACAAAGUGAUGUUGAAAAGAAUGUGAAAAAGGGUGAAAAUAUAAUGGCAUUAGAAUAAUUAUAUCUUGAUUAUGUGAACUUGUAUAGUCAAGAUGCUUCCUCUACUAGUGGACAUAGUGAAUUCAAUGUUGAAAGCACCACUGUGGUUCAUGGUGUGCGACAAAUGGAUAAAAGGAUGCAAGAGAUAUUGACUAUGGUCCACCGAAGUCAAUCAAUUCCUCUUACGAAAUCAAAGUUGGAGACUUAUCUUGAGGAAAGUCUUGUUAUUCAUUCUUCUUCUUCAUCAUCUUUUUGUGCCCUGGGGUGGUGGAAAGAUAACAGUUUAAAGUUUAAAGUUUUGUCAUAGAUGGGUUCUAAUAUACUAGAUGUUCCUAUUUCAAGUGUGGCAUCUGAAUCCACAUUUAGUGUCGGGGGAAGGGUGAUUGAUGAAUAUCGUGCUAGCUUAAAUGAACAAUCUAUUGAAGCUCUUAUUUGUGGUGGAGAUUGACUUUGUAACAGGUAUGGGCUGAAGAAAAAAAAAGAAGGAGGAUUUUGGAUAAGAGGAGAUUAUGCUUAAGCUGUGACUUGUUUCAUUUUAUGUUUGAAUAUUAUUAUGUUUACAUUGUUGUUAUUAUGUUUCUAUUGUGAAUUUAAACUUUUGUUGUUGUUAAACUUGUGUUUCUGUAGUUGUGUUAAUCCAUUGGACUUUUGUAUUAUGGACUUGUGGUACAGAACUUGUAUUGUUGAAUUUUGUAUUACGAACUUUUACUUAUGGUGUUGGAUAUUGUAUUAUGAAAUAUGAAUUUUUAUAGUUUUGUACGUCA